AUACCAGUUGGUAGUGUCAGCUGAUCCUCCUCCAGCGCUGGCCACCGAGGAAGGAAGGGAAAACCAAAGGAAAAUACUGGUGCUCGCUUUGAACCAUGGCUGCGGAGAUACACUCGAGGCCCCAGACCGCCAGACCCGUGCUGCUGAACAAGAUCGAGGGCCACACGGACGCGGUGAACGCUGCCGUCCUCAUACCGAAAGAGGACGGAGUUAUCACGGUCAGCGAGGACAGAACGAUCAGAGUCUGGCUGAAGCGGGACAGUGGACAGUACUGGCCCAGUAUUUACCACACAGUAUCAUCUCCCUGCUCGUGUAUGUCCUAUCACCAUGACAGCAGACGCAUUUUCAUCGGCCAAGACAACGGAGCUGUUGUGGAGUUUCUCAUAUCUGAGGAUUUUAACAAGAUGAACCAUGUCAAGACUUACCCAGCCCAUCAGAGCCGGGUCUCAGACAUGGUGUUUUCUCUGGAGAGUGAGUGGGUAGUUAGCACUGGGCAUGACAAGAGUGUGAGCUGGAUGUGCACCCAGAGCGGCAGCAUGCUGGGCAGACACUACUUCACUGCAUGGGCCUCCUGUCUACAAUACGACCACGAUACACAGCACGCCUUUGUGGGAGACUGCUCUGGACAGAUCACUCUGCUCAAACUGGAGAAGCAGACCUACUCCACUGUCACCACACUAAAAGGCCACGAAGGCAGUAUAGCAGCUCUGUGGUGGGACCCUGUUCAGAGGCUGUUGUUCUCGGGAGCGUCGGAUCACAGCGUCAUCAUGUGGGACAUCGGGGGACGCAAAGGACGGACGCUACUGCUACAGGGACACCAUGAGAAAGUCCACGCUCUGAGGUACCUGCAACUCACGAGACAGCUGGUGUCUUGCUCAGCGGACGGAGGAAUCGCAGUGUGGAACAUGGAUGUGCAGAGACAAGAGGCUCCUCAGUGGUUGGAGAGCGACUCGUGUCAGAAAUGUGAGCAGCCAUUUUUCUGGAACAUUAAACAGAUGUGGGACACCAAGACACUGGGGCUCAGACAGCACCAUUGCAGGAAAUGUGGCAAAGCGGUUUGUGGUAAAUGUAGUUCUAAGCGGACGACGUUUCCAAUUAUGGGCUUUGAGUUUCCUGUGAGAGUCUGCGACGAGUGCUUUGACUCCAUCAAAGAAGAAGACCGCUCUCCUCUGGCCACGUUUCACGAGGGCAAACACAACAUCGCUCACAUGGACCUGGACCCCACCCGAGGGCUCAUGGUCACCUGUGGGAGCGACCGCAUCGUCAAGAUCUGGGACAUGACGCAGGUCGUUGGCUGCAGCUUAGCAACUGGCUUUUCUCCGCGCUGAUUGGUUGAGCCUUGACACAGGUCCCACCCUCUCUCUCUCUACAACCUCAUGGACACCCUCCCUCCCCUUUGUACAGCCCCCCCUCCCCCCUUUCCCAUCACACGCCUGGUCUCAGUCUGACCUAUAGGGAGCGAGCAUUCACGCUCCUAUGUCAAAAUACCACAGAGGGCAGAGGCUAAUAUUACUUUAUGGGUGACACAUUAUAAAGGAAAUCUCCAAAUUGAUAAUCCAUAAAAGUUAACUAUUGGGUCUAGAAGAUAACUUUAAAGGUGCAUUAUGUAAUUUUCCUGACCAUCUGCUUGUCUCCGUGGAGAUGUUAUUGCUUUGCCUUGAAUGUUUCACUGUAUGACAUAAUUAUUCAACUGCAUGUCAAAAAUACCUUUAAAAAUGACAUUCUUGCGUAGAUCAGACCUGUAACUUGGUCUUUUUGGGGUCACCUGCUUGUCUCCAUGGAGAUUGAUAACUUUAAUGCCAUAGAGUGGAACCACCAGGCAAAAUAAUUACAUCUCCGUGGACAAAACUCGCCAAAAGGGAAAAAAAAUGCAGUACACCGUUAAGAAUGGCUUAUUGUGAUGAAGAUGAACUUUGAACUUUGAACUUUGGACCAUGGAUGUAAUUUUGUUUCAUGUUAUCAGAGAUUUUAAAAUUGAUUAAACAUAAACACACUAGACUGGUUGCAGUAGUCAUCUUAAUAAGCCUUACGUUUAGUUUAAAAUUUUACUUCCUGGUUGGUAAAUCCAUAACUGUUACCUAGCAACAAACAGCCAAAGCUUUUCUAAUUCGCACAAUAGCCGUUAUUUGAAUAGUACAACUAUAUGACAACAUUUGUAUUUUAUCCAUCUUUAAACUAUCUUAACAUGUGUUUGUGUGUAAAUUGUCCCCAUAUUUUGCACAAUUUUUAAUAGAUGGAUUCAUUUUUAGAACUUGACACUACGUCCUGUAAUGUUCAACUUCUUUGUCCAUUCCUUCAAAAUGGCGUCUAACCCACAUAGUGAACUAGCUCCUGCCCUCCACCCAUAGACUGUAUAAUUAAAUGGACAUAGCUAACCUGCUAGCCGCCGCGUUCCAAAUAGGAAGUGAUCAUGGGAGUACUUCCGCCUCCAUCGACUCUGCUUCCAAUUCGUUUUCUAUUGAAAAACUCCCCUCUCUCUGUAAAUGCUGCUGUGAGCCUCAUCAUUUUGGUAUUAAAAUGUUCAUAUUAACCCAUUCUACAUGAUCCUGGUAUUUUUAUUUUCCCUACUUUGACAGAAAAUCAAGAUAUGAGCAUGAAUAACAGACAAAUCAGGCGCCUUCGUUCCCCAAGGUCAAUCCUGCUACCAUUAGGUUUGAUUGACAGCGUUUUUAAAGCACUCCCUGCUAAACCAGCGGUGUGGGCAGGAAGCCUCACUACGGAUUGGCUCUUUGGUUGCUAUGAUACUCACAUUCGGAAUUCCUAUUAUGAAACUCGACUCCAAAUUCGCCCCUGUGACUGCUAGCCUUGAUUAGCUUCAUUUGACUGAAUCUGAACGUUAUAGGUGACAUCACACUCACUUGGUCCAUUUCUUUAUACAGUCUAUGUCUCCACCUGAUUCUUUGACCUUUGCCUCUAUAUUCAGUCUUAUAAAAUGACUUUGGCUCUGAUUUGAACUGACUCUAAGCACAAUGAUGCGCGUGUGCAUGUGUAUGUUCUCGUCUCUCCUGUCCGGGAGCGAUACUGUUGAUAUUAGUGUUUACAUAAUGCCUAUAUUUCUUAAGCUUUUUUUGGGACUGUUUUAAAUAUCCUUGCACUGUAAAGUCAAUUGUUACACAAAAUCUUCCCUUAUACAGGCACAUUUCAAUACAUAUAUAUGGAUUUUGAAUAUGAAGGGUCUUUGCUUCAGUUAUUCAAUUUUAAAUGUACACUGUGUAACUUUUCUGGUGGGGAUACCGCCUCCUCGUUGGCCUCUUAAUGAUGCUGUUGUUUGGCUUGGAAUGUUCCACGGUACGGCAUUAAACUUGCAUGUAUUCAAUUACAGCAGUAUCUAUCGGAAACAUGCGUACUUACUGUGAGACUAAUGCAGCACUGGGGAACAUUCCAGUCAAAGCAAUACAAUAUCUGGAGAUAAGCAGGUGGUGGACCCUCACACCAGAGAAGUUACGUGGUGAUGCUUUAAAUGAAUUCAGUACACACAGUAGAACCUGCCCUUAUUUGUAUGCAAACUAUAUAUAAAAUGUUUAAGUAAAAAGCUUUAUUAACCAUUCAUAUUUACUCAGAAAUUGUGUGUACUAAAUUAUUUUUAAAGGUCCUAUAUUACACAAAAUGGACUCUUAAUAAUUUAGUUAUCUCCUCAAAACGUACCCGAAGUUGUGUUUUGUUUCAUUCACACAUGUUUGAGUAACCUUUUAUUAUUAGUCUGUCUAUAACUCCAAAGUUCAAAAUGCUCUGUUCUAUCUUUUGUUCAGUAGAAACCGGCAUUUCCAGGCCUAAAAUUAACCAAAUGAUUCAAGUGAACGCGUAUGGAGUUUAAAAAUACAGUGGAGCACUUCCUGUAUUACCACAUGAUGACAUCACAAGGUGGAACAGAGUGUUUUCUGUUUGAGAGAAGAACUCAGCCUAAAUAUGCAGGGUUUAUGUGUUAAACGUAUGAAUGAAACAAAACACAACUCCAGGUCUGUUUGUGAUGAGGAAACAACAUUAUAACAUAGAUCAGAAAAUAGUGUAAUAUGGGACUUUUAAAUUGAAUAACUGACAAAAAUGCUUCUUUUACAAAAUAUUAAACACACUGAUGUGCGCUUGUAUGUAAAAACACUAUUACUUGUCAUUACUGAAGCCCAGCCACUUAAUUUCAAUCCCCUUGUUAUUGGUAGUUAGCGUAAAUACCUAUCCCUUCACUAUUUUAAAUAUAUUUUUCACUAGUAGGCCUUAAACCACUCAGGAGUUUUGCAUUCAACUCUGCUUUAAAAUAUUAACCCCUUGUUUGCUAAAUAAGGCUCAUAAUAGUCGUAGUAAUAGUAGUAUAGAAGGUUCAGUACAAAUGCUAGACAAUCAGAUUCUGAAAAAAUGGAGAGACUAACUAGGUCUAAACCAGGACUAACUAAUAUAGCACUAAUCCAGAACUAAACCAGGUCCAAAACAGGACUAAACAACCCAUGAAUCCUUAAAGAAGACAUAUUGUGUAUUGUGUGUUGUGUGUAUAUGAGGGGUAGGAGAAAUCUGGAAUUUUCGGCUUUAACAUUAAAAGCUCUAAAAUGUUGAUUUUGCGCAAUAUGUCUCCUUUAAAUGUAACAACAACUAAGAAAGUGUUUUGUCUUUAAACUUUUUGGUCCCGUUUUCCUCAUUUUGUCCAGAUUUGGCAACAUGUUAUGAUUAUUUUAGUUGUUUAAAGUGAAGGAGUUGUGUCGUUCUGAUACGGUACUUGUUUUGUCUCAUAAAAUUGGCUCGUAAAAUGUGUUCAGAUUUUUGACAGUCGAAAUGCUCAGAAGACCUUGACAUUUCAUAACGACUCAAAUGCUUUUGUUCAUGUACAGUACUGCGCAAAAAUCCUAUCCAUUUUUCUGUCUUCCCAAAUCUUCUGUCCCUCCUAUACAAUUGUAAAUAUACUAAUGGAUUCCAGAAUUAUACAAAAGUUGAACAGUUGCCAUAGCAAUUAGCAAUUUAAAACUAAAUUGUACAUAUUUUGAAUGGGGGAAAAAGUCCUCAAAAUGUCACCUAAUGGGAAUCUCAAAAAUCUUCUCAUUUUAAGGUGAAUGCUGAAAUCGUAUAUCUUUCAUAUAUCUUUAGUUCGUAUAUGAAUGAUUGUUUUAAGAUAUAUUUAUUGUCUAACAAAAAAACAGAAAAAAAUGUAAUGAGGUAAAAUAAGAGGGAAACAGAGGUACACUUUACAAAGAUAUUUCUGUGAUUUUUUUUUUUUUUUUUUUUUUUUUUUAAUUUUAUAGCCGUACUUAAAAUUGAAACUAAAAACUAUAUUGUGUUUUGGUUUUUUUUACUACUAGAUAUUUUUAAAUUUGCGUUAACGUUGAGGAACAGUAGGUAAUGCUAAGCAGGUGAAUCUGAGUUUGCGCUGCCUCCUGUGACUGCUGCAAUUUCAAGUACUACAUGACAACACGCAGAACUGCCCUGAUUACAGCCAGGUGUUUGUAAUCAUAAAUACCUGGAAUUUGAAGCUCCGCCCCUUCUUCCAUAGACUGUAUAUGUAAAUAGACAUAGCUAAACUGUUGGCCGCCACGUUCUAAAUAGGAAGUGAUCAUGGACGCACUUUCGGCUCCAUCGACUCUGGCUCCAGUUCACUUUACAUUAGAAAACUGCAGCCCUUCUCUCUCUUAUUUCACUAUUGUGUCCGUAACUCAAGAUAUGAACAUUAAUAAGAGACAAGUCGGGCGCGUUCUUUCUCCAAAGUUACGCCUGCUCCCUGCCAAACCAGCGGUUCGGGCGGUAAGGGGCAUUACCUUCAAGAGUUAGCCCCAUUUUAACCUCUACUUUUACGAUUAAAUCUUAAUUUUUUUACUUACAAAUUGUUAUAUUUUGCUCAGUACUGUAUAUUCCCCACGACAUCCAUUCACCAAAUAUUGAAAUUUAAAAUCUGUACCAUUGCACUGAAUUGCACAAAUAUGUUCCUUCUUUCUUUUGUUUCUUUUGGCUAAAAUUUUCGUUGCUUAAACUUGAAUUAAUGGUCAGAUUCAAUGUAGCUUCUUUGUAAUUAUCGUCUCUUAACUUCUAAUGUUGAGCUAAUGUUUUGCCUUUUUGUAGUCACAUUAGUGUGUAUAUUUAUAUGUAGUACAGAUGUUUUUUCUUUGUAUUCAAGGCUCCAAAAACUACAUCUUAAAUCUCACUACAUUUGAAUAAAACUGUUUUUGUUAAGAAAAUCGUGGUUUUCAAAUGGCCAUAAUGCUGCUUACCUUUUUAGAAUGUAUUUUGCUUUAAAUCUAAUCAAAUCUGAUCACAAUAGUAGUCACAAAAAUUGUAGUUUUCCCUCAAUUGUUCACCCUAAUUAUGCAGUUUUCUGAGUCCCACUUACUUUGGAUGUUGGUCAUUUGCAGUGGCGCCCCUUAAGAGAAAAGCUGAAAUAACAGUUUAGUUACCUGGCAAAUCCAGAAUAAUAUCUCUUUGUGUUUUUAUAGAGGUUGAUAUCAGUCUGGUCACCACUCCCUCCAUCUCUCAACCAAACGUGAUCGUCCAAUCAGACUUGUUUAUUUCACUGAUGCAUGUGAAACAAAGGAGGUCAUUGGUCACUUAUUUCUCUCACCUCAGAUUAACAGAGUUUAGUCCUUCACUCAUUGAUUCUGCAGAAAUCCACCAUGUUUUCCAGUCCCUUGUGAUACUUUUUCACCUUUCUUUUUCCUCAUAAGCAGCCAUAUUUGUUUUGAUGCGAACAGACUAAGCGUGUCCCUGAUUGGCUAAUCCAUCUGUCAGUCACACCCAUCUGAACUCCGGUGACCAGACUCGCGUCUUCAUCAAGUAUUUGAGGAGUGUGUAUUUUGGAACCCAGGUAUACAGUUCAGUUCAAGUUAUAAAGGACACAGAGAUACACAGAGAUACACAGAGAUACACAGAGAUACACAGAGAUACACAGAGAUACACAGAGAUACACAGAGAUACACAGAGAUACACAGAGAUACACAGAGAUACACAGAGAUACACACAGAUACACACAGAUACACACAGAUACACACAGAUACACACAGAUACACACAGAAGAAAUUAUUUAUGAUACAUGAUAAUAAUACAUAAUACAUUUAUUAAUCAUAAUUUUAAGUCUUUCAUAAUCCCUGUAUCGUCCUGGCUUCUAAAAAUGUUUGAUAUUAAAGAUCCAAAUGUGUAUGUUUGAUACAAUUUGGACAAGACUCUGUAUGUAACUUUUCUGGAGAAAGGUUUGUAACCAUGGCGACAAGAAGCUUUACCUGGAAUGUUCCACACUAUAACAUUAAAUAAUUCUUCUUAUUCUAUAUUCUUAUAUUCUUACAAUAUACACAAAAUGGAUUCUAGUGAUCUUUGAGACAUGUUACAAUGUCAGUACCUCAUCAAAAACAUACCUGGAGUUGUGUUUUGUUUCAUUCACACGUGUUUGAUUCUACUUCUCCAAAACAGCAAUGCUCUGUUCCACCUUGUGAUGUCAUGAAGUGGUAGUUUUCAAGGCACCAGAUCAUUUCACCUUUAGUUCAGUACAGAUUGGCAAUUCCAGGGCUGAAAUAAUCCAAAUGACUAAUAAAGGGGUAUGAAGUUUUAAAACACAGUGGAGCACUUCCUGUAUUAACUCAUGACAUCACAAGGUGGAACAGAGUGUUUUCUGUUUGAGAGAAGAACUCAGCCUAAAUAUGCAGGGUCUGUGUGUUAAACAUUUGAAUGAAACAAAACACAACUCCAGGUGUGUUUGUGAAGAGGAAACAUUAUUAUAACAUAGAUCAGAAAACAGUGUAAUAUGGGAACUUUAAACUUAUCUAUCUUCAUGGAGACGAGCAGAAGACACCACCAGUCCAAGUUAUGAUUCAGGUCUCUGGAGAAGCAAGCCCACCCUCAGUACAAAUACAUGUUUUUCAAUGUUCUUUUCAGCUUUAAAACGCUUGUGAGUCAGAUGGAUACAUGCUAGAUAGAUAUGUUUAAUACCAUGCUGAGGAACAUUCCAGGCAAAACCAUAAUCUCCAUGGAGACAUACAGCUGACAGAGCCCCCUACCAGAGAAGUUACAUAGUGCCUUUAGGAAUUAUCACAGACCCCCGUUACUACCAGAUAUUUAAAUUGUAAAUCAAAAAAAAGAGAAAAAAUAUUUAUGUAACUCUCAAAAAACAACUUUAGAAUGUAUGAUAUUUUGGUGCAUACAAUUACAAAAUGUUUUAUUUGUUGUUAAUGUGAGCCCAUCAUAGACUUUUGUAUCUUCCUUUCUUUCUCUUUUGUAUAAACUGUUAGACAACAAAACACUAUUUGUUUUGGCCUGAGUUUUUCAUGAAUGUAAGAUCGAUGUGUGUCCAGCUUUCACACUUCCUAUUGUACAAA